AUGGAAGAGGAGACCAAUAUGGCAACAUGGAAUGGUUUGCCUGUUGAGCUCAAGGGCCUCAUUCUUGAGCACCUUGCCCAUGGAGCUGUCGCCGAAAGACGCUCAAAAACAUCAAAGUCAAAGAGCAAGCGUCAUGACAUGGGCAGCUAUGCUGUCGUGUGUCAACAGUGGCAGAGAUUCAUAGAAAAGAUCAACUUCAGCACUCUCGAGAUCAGUUCUGCCAAGGAUCUCUCUCGCUUUGAUGAGAUUCUUCAAGACCCCAUCCGUCGCUCUUAUCUGCGCCGCAUCUCACUCCGCAUUGAGCUGGCUAAGUAUGCCAACAAGCUGGCCAAGGUUCCCGAGACAGACCAUGAGCAGAACGAAAAUGAGAUUGCAUUCACUCAAGGAAUCUGGAACCUUUUCGACAUCCUCAGCAAGUGGACGCCUUCAGGCCAGAGUAUGGAGUUGGAGCUCAGCGCCGCUUCGCCCAGCGAUAAGAACAAGUACUUUGGGGAGCUGGGCUUGGAUCAGGACGGCAACUCACGCUUCUUCGACCACGACCUCGACUUUUGCUUCAUCACUGCUGCCUGUGAGCAGGUCGGACGACACGGUCUCCCCGAGGUCUCGGUCAUCAAUAGCUGCCAGAUUCUGCGCCGCAACCACCGCAACAUCUCAUCUCGAGCCUUGCUCAGCAUUAUCUCGAGUCUGCCCAAGCUCGAGGAAGUCCGAUUCGAGCCCUGGCAUCAAGUUGACUUGGAAGCACAGUUGGAAGUCGACUCCGACUAUGCCCGUACCUUCCCUUUCUGGCCUUCCCACAUCAAGCGAAUCAGCAUCUUUGAGCAUUUCGAUGCUUUCAACAAUGGCCCGGAAGCCGAAUGGGAGGAUGCGGAGUCUGUCGACGACAAUGAUGCGGAUCCAACCGGCGGUGAUAUCGCUCUUCCCAUUCCUACCGACAGUGCGGAAGAAGCGGGAGAUGUUGCUCGAACCUCAUGCCCCAGUCUUGGUCACAAUUUGGGCUUCCUCAGCCUGCAAGCCGAGGAAAUGGCCGUCUCGAACGUCUCUGACGCGACUGCUUUCUUUCAAGGUCUCCUCGCACGCAAGCCCGUCUGGAACAACCUCCGCCGACUUGCGCUUACCUCUCAUACCAUGAUUGAUGGUAUCGACCACGAGACCGUCAACGGUAUCCUUCGUUCGAUCGCCAGCGCCGCAAAGCACAUGCCAGCAUUGCAGAUGCUGGAAAUUUACAAGACCGACCAGUUUGGAGGCGCCGUCUUCCGCUACUCCGUCGAGAUAUUGUCGACGACGGCAUCGUGGGAGAGCACCUGGGACUUUCAGAUCGGAGCCGAUGUGAAGGCUGCGUGGGCUGAAGUGGCUAAGAAGAACACUCCCCACAACAUCACCUUCCUUCCUGAGAUUCGCCAGAGCGACUACCGAGGACCCUACGUAUUCUUGGACGAGAACCUGAAGACGAAGGAUCUCAUCAUCCACCCGGCGUCGUUGGAGGAUAUGCUGUCGAAGAAGUUGGAUAAGUGCUUGGCCUGCAAUGGGUACUGCGCCGAUCCUAAGAGCGAGGAACAGAUGGGUGAAAUCAACAAUGCUUGA